CCCUAGUUUGUAAGCUCAACAACCAGGUGAUGAUGUCUCAAGCAUUAGCAGCAGAAGCCACGUUCAUUACACAGCAAGCUACAUUUGAGGUACAAGAGCAGCCCCUCCCCCCAGAGGAUAAAGCCAGAGAAAUGCAAGUCCCCCUGAAAAUAUUACGAUAGAAACUAUUGUAUCACAAAACACCACACGACAGCAAAGUGAUGAAGUCAUAGCAACGCAAGACAACUCUCUGCAGUAUUUGGCCGAAUAUAUGGUUGGAAAAUUGCCGUGUGCUUGUGCUGCCAAGACAAGGUUCACAGAGGUCACCAGUAGAGCACAUCCAAUGGACACCACUAUAGACAAAGCUUCACCAAAAGAGCCUACAAUGGAUACACUAUUAUUGUCUGACACAAGGAGACCAAUUGUCAACAAUGUUAUUGCAAGUACUGCAGGUGAACAGUCCUGACCGUGUCUGGAUACAGCUGGCUGAGUACCCAGAGCAUGACCUGGAGGCGCUAUCAAUUGCUGUGACCACCAGUGACUGUGAGCAGAGGCGAGUCUUGAGAUUAUUCUGCGAGUUGAAGCUGUAGAGAUGGUGCAGGCUGGAGACAAGUGUGACUUCAUCGGGACGCUCGUUGUCGUCCCUGACGUCUCACAGCUGCGUACAGAGGGAGUGAGGGCGGAGACAUCGACUCGUAUGCGUGAUGGGGAGGGGUACGAUAGGGACGGAGUGAGAGGACUCAAGGCUCUCGGUGUAAGAGACCUCACGUAUCGACUGGCGUUUCUAGCAUGUGCUGUACAACAGACACAGCCCGGGUUUAGUGGGUGUGAUCUGACAGGGGAGGAUCAAACAGCGGAGAGUAUUCGUAAGCAGAUGACCGAUGCCGAGUGGUCACGUAUCUACGAGAUGAGUCAGGAUAAAAAUCUUUACCAGAACCUUAUCAACUCACUCUUCCCCACCAUUCACGGCAAUGAUGAGGUGAAGCGAGGUGUUCUACUGAUGCUGUUCGGUGGUGUGCCCAAGACGACCAUGGAGGGGACUCAUCUCCGUGGGGACAUCAACGUGUGCAUCGUGGGGGACCCGUCCUGUGGCAAGAGCCAGUUCCUCAAGAGAGUGGAGGAGUUCAGUCCUCGUGCAGUGUACACUAGUGGCAAGGCCUCGACAGCAGCUGGACUCACAGCUGCCGUGGUCAAGGACGAGGAGAGUCACGAGUUUGUUAUAGAGGUUGGCGCUCUCAUGCUCGCUGACAAUGGAGUUUGUUGUAUUGACGAGUUUGACAAGAUGGACCUCAAAGACCAAGUAGCCAUUCAUGAAGCCAUGGAGCAACAGACCAUUUCAAUCACCAAGGCUGGUGUCAAGGCAACCCUCAAUGCUCGUACAUCCAUCCUAGCUGCGGCUAAUCCGAUUGGUGGUCGCUAUGACCGGUCAAAAUCACUCAAGAUGAACAUCCAGCUCACUGCUCCCAUCAUGUCACGCUUUGACCUCUUCUUCAUCAUAGUAGACGAAUGUAACAAGGUGACUGACUAUGCCAUCGCUAGGCGUAUUGUGGACCUCCACAGUCACAAGACAGAGGCAGUGGAGCGUGUCUAUUCCCUCGAGGAGAUCCAACGCUACGUAUUGUUUGCUCGUCAGUUCAAGCCUCGUAUCAGCCCCACCUCUGGUGAGUACAUGGUGGAGCAGUACAAGAAGCUACGGCAGAGAGACUGCUCGGGCGUGGCUCGGUCGUCAUGGAGAAUCACCGUGAGACAGUUGGAGAGUUUGAUACGACUCGCGGAGGCCAUGGCCAGGAUCCACUGCUCUGAUGAGGUACAACCCAAGCAUGUGAAGGAAGGCUUUCGUUUGCUCAAUAAGUCCAUUAUUCGUAUGGAGACUCCUGACAUCAACUUUGACGAGGAUGAACAGAUCAUCAAUGUAAUAAAUGGGGACUGCAUGACCAAUGGUGAGAAUAGUGUCAAUGGCGAGAAUGGAGUGAACGGCCAUACUCCAAUAGAUCAAUCAGAUCCAUCCACCCAACCGCCGGUGAAGACCAAAAAGAUACGAGUUACGUAUGAGGAAUAUCGUAUCAUCUCCAACCUGCUCAUCCUGCACAUGCGUCAGAGCGAGGAGGCAGACAAAGAUUCUAGCGGAGUUCGUGAAGGUGACCUAGUGAACUGGUACCUGAAGGAGGUGGCUGAUGACAUAGAGAAUGUGGAGGAGCUGACGGAGAAGAAGCUCCUCAUGGAGAAGGUCAUCGAGAGACUUGUGCAACAUGACCACAUUCUGUUGCCGUUGGUGAUGGGGGAGGAGUCAGACGAAGAUCCAUUCCUGGUGGUUCAUCCCAACUACGUCGUUGAGACAUGAACACAUCGAACAUUAUUUUGUU